UGCCGUGUCACUCCGCGCGCGGGCAUAGUGCUGUGGUAGUUAGUUGUACGACCAAAAUCGUUCGAUUCGCUCCCAAUGUUGUGAGGUAUACGAUUGAUUAUUUUGUUGUUAUACAUUGUUAAGUGGCAGGAUUACGAUUCGUUUUUGGUGGUGGCGCGUUGGUACGUGGUGUUGGUGGUUUUUUUUGGGCGUUUGAAACCGGACACCGCUGUAACGUCCUCGCUUUGCGGCGGAGUGAUACCGGUGUCGGGGAUGACAAUGUGGAGGAGGCUAAAAUGUCUACUAGGAAGAUGAAACGGUUAGCACUGCAGCGAGUAUAGUAGGAAAACUGUAGUCUGUAACUUGGGUAGAGUUCAUGCUUGAGUCGGUAGAAUUAAGAUUAGCUCGGAUAUAUUAUUCCUGGGAGAACUAAACUCAAUUAUUCAGCGGUUUGCAGGGCCUGAAACACGGGAAAGGGGGAUUUCGUCCCCCAACUUUGUUCUCUCUCUCUCUCUCUCUCUUUCUGAAAGCACUCCAUUUGGAUGCCGAACAAUUGAGCCGACAAAAGGAUUGUAACGUGGCAGUGUCUGUGUGUGUGCUGAGAAAAGAAAAAUGAGUGACACCGGCAUUAGGAUGGGCACCGCAGGCACGGACAAGGAGCUCAGUGAUCUCCUGGACUUCAGCGCCAUGUUUCCUCUUCCGGGGAUGACUGGGAAAAACAGACCCAGCGCACAAGCCGGAGGUCAGUUUGGAGGCUCAGGUUUGGAAGAUCGGAGUGGAUCCGGAUCCUGGGGCUCAGCAGAUCAGAACAAUUCAUCUUUUAGUACACGGGCAUUCGACAGUGUGGGCCACUACGGUGAGCACGAGAGCAUGUCGCCUUCAUCGAUGUACAGCUCAGGAAUCGCAGGGAAAUCAGACAGAGGACCUUACAACUUUUCUGCACAGCAGUUUCUGCCAGGUGGUGAGAUGUCCAUGUCCAGUCCUGAUGGCCUGUCUCCCUCUGGUGUAAAAGCCACAUCACCAUUCUACGGAUCUUACCCAGCCACUCGUAGAAGGCCUUUGGAAGGAAUGCUCGAUACCCCGCCGAAGAAGAUCAGGAAAGUACCACCUGGUCUCCCAUCCUCGGUUUAUCCAGCAGCUCCCAGUGACGACUACAACCAGGAAAACGCAGGUUUCCCAGCUUCGAAAACCGGAAGUGUCUACCCUGGAAACUUCUAUGUACAAGAUGGUCUUCAGGACCACUGGGCUCAGCCGGGGUAUUCCUCCAUGUCCCACCUCGGCCAGUCUGGCCCCUUUGCUGCAAUAAACCCUCAGGAUCGCCUGAAGAGACAGCCCCUGCCUCUGUCCCCUCCGUCCUACCCUCACCCUGGCAGCGAGGUAAAUGGUGGUUUCCAGUCUCCAUACACACCUCCCAUCAAUGGAUCAGACGGCAUCAUGGGCAAUAGAGGCAGUGCGGCAGGAAGCUCAGGGGAUGAAAUCGGAAAAGCUCUUGCUUCAAUUUACCCUUCAGACAACAACAACGGCAGCAACUUCUCCUCCGCUCCACCUACCCCGGUGGGCUCUCCUCAGAACAUAGCAGCCCCUGCUUCCCAGUGGCCCAGAGGAUCGACUCAGUCUGCACAAUCACCCAGCUUUGAGGGAGGACUGCAAGCGCUGCAAAGUAAGAUGGAGGACUGUCUGGGUGAAGCCUUGCAUGUGAUGCGGAACCAUGCAGUCGGUUCAGGGCUGGGCGCAGAGAUGCACACCUUGCUGAAUGCCGCUGGAGCAGUUGCAGGUCUGAGCUCUCUGAGUCAGAGCUUUUCCCUGCACGGCAGAGUGCCCAGCCUAGUGCCCAACCACCAUGAGGAGGCGGCCAGCCUGACUCCGGCCAGCGCCCUGUUACACGGGCAGCACACUGCCACACAAGCCCCUGCCAGCUCGCAGCCAGAGGGCUUCAACAGUUUGCCUGGAAGUUUGCCCCGGAGCUCCAGCACAGACAUCAAGCGUGAGGACAAGGAGGACGACGAGAACUGCUCCAUAAUAGACAAGUCUGAUGACGAGAAGAAAGACGGCAAGAUGAACCGCACACGGACGAGUUGUGACGACGAGGAGGACGACGAGGACUUGCCAGCGGAGAUGAAGGCGGAGCGGGAGAAAGAGCGGCGCGUGGCCAAUAACGCGCGAGAGCGUUUACGCGUGCGCGACAUCAACGAGGCCUUCAAGGAGCUCGGUCGCAUGUGCCAGCUCCAUCUGAACAAUGAGAAACCGCAGACCAAACUGCUGAUCCUGCACCAGGCCGUUAAUGUUAUUCUCAGCCUGGAGCAGCAAGUGCGAGAGCGUAACCUCAACCCGAAGGCGGCAUGUCUGAAGAGAAGAGAGGAGGAAAAGGUGACCGGCAUGGGGGCAGAUCCUCAGAUGCAGCUAGGAGGAGGCCAUCCUGGGCUGGGCAGUGACGGGCACACUCAUAUGUAAUAUUUAUAUUCUGUCCUAAAGAGUACUUUCAGAUGUGGCCUUAUUCCCCUAUCUACCGUCUCAGCGUGUCAAUGCGCUCACCGUGACUGUGCAUCAGAAUCUUUUAAUCUUGAUUUUAUGGACACAUUUUUGUGCAGAAACAGAAAACACACACACAUACACUCUCUCUAUCUUUAUAAAAAGCUGGCACACUUGGACUUUAUAAAAAGCCAGCACACACUGUUGCAUAGAUGUACACAGAUAUUAUGGACCAUUGGAGCAUCCUACACAACACUGCUGAGAGAAGGAGGAACUCUGAGCACAACGAACAAGAAUUUCUGCGCUUUUGUUUUUGUGUUUUUUUUUUUUCUUCUUCUAAAUAGACGCCUCUUGCUUACAUAUUACGGGAGCAACGAGACUACGGAGGCGUGCUUCACCAGGAUUUAGUUCCCUACUAAAAUAUAGACAACCAUUCCCGAGACUUAUCUGUGCGGAUAAGGAAGAAAAAGACACGCAUGUUCGUCAAGUCCAACAGAGUAAGAUGGCUGGACGAGCCAUGCCGUUUUAAAAGUCUGAUCAUUUGCUAAGCGCAUAUUGUGCUAGUGUGUAGCACAUGGGCACGCAAACACUUUGUGGGUAGUCAAGGGCUCAAAUUAGGGAACAGAAACCUUCUCCUUUGGAUUUUUUUUUUUACCCUUAUACAUGACUGAAAGCAGAAACGAGAAAAAAAAAAAGAACAACCACAGUGACAAACACAUCAGUCUGUUUUGCAUUAACGGCGAGAGUCUGAGCUCGUCCACCCGUCUGACUGGAACCCGUUCAUGUCUUCGUCAGGCACCACAGCCAUGGAAUCAACACUUCAUUAUAACGUUCUGGACAAGCAGUUUUGGUUUACAAUUUAUUUCCGUAAGAGGAACAAAGCUUCCUCGUGCCUGUCCUGAGCAACUCUUAGCUCUUCGUCAUCUUUUCAACCUCCUCGUUUUUAGCAUUUCAAUACGUCACAUUUUUUAUCCUGGAUCCUUCUUCCUGCUGUUCCUAUUGAGAGAAAAAAAAAAGUGUUGGGAAACACUUUGGACCUGCGCCAUGUGUGAUUACCGAUUGUCCUGAUUUGAUUCAAAGGGUGGAUAUAGUUGAAGAUGUGUGAAAUCUGCUCUUUUUUGGCCAGUGAUUCAGUGCUAAAAUGACGACGGGGUAUUUGUGCAUUUUAUUGACCCGUGACUGUCAACUGCAUCUGCUGCCAAAUCUGAAUAUCUUUUCCUUAAAAACAAAAAACAGAAGAAAAUGGAUCAUUUGAACAAUUACUUGGGAUCUUUCAAGAUCAUCAUGUUGAGUUUCUUCUUUUAUAUUAUAUAUAAAAACUAUUUUUGCUUUUUAAUGUUUUACAAAUUAAAAUAUGCGAAAGAACUUUGCGUUUAAGGAUGCCAGGAACAAAAUGUAAUUGUUUCAUGUUUCUUUUGUAUUUAACGGAGGGGCAUGGAGUCAUAACCAGCAUUCUUUUUUUUUUUUCUUUAUUAAAAAAAAAUAUGGUUAGGAAGGCCUGUUUUUUUAUUAUAUUAUUAAAACUAUAUAUAUUUCUUGUCCUGGUUGCUCCAAUUGUUUAGAGGGUUUCAAAUUGCUGCAAUAUCCCUUCAUUGCCCCCUCAAUGAUCGUAGUAUUGUGGUUGCACCACCAUGAAAAUUUUUUUUGUUUUUUGGUAGAAGCUGACACCAAGGCUCAUUUCAACAGCUGAAUUUAUCAGUGUUUUUCUUUAGUCAGUACUGAAUCAUGUCUAAAUCCAGAAUAUGAAUUGUGUUAGUGUUGCAUAUUGCGAUGCUUUUGAAUUUUGAUGGAGCGUCUUGUGGAAAAGCGAAUAAGGGUGGCCUUUUUCAUUCUCCACGGUGACCUCAGCACCUGGCGAGGUCGUAUCGGGAGGGGAGGGGGUUGAUUACCGUACUAGUGCCUGCACACUGUUUUCAGUUCAAUCCUGGAAUCAGGUUUUAAUUGCAAUGUCGCAAUGUUUUGCUGGCUCUAAUGGAAUAUUUUAUAAAAAUUCAAACAAACACGGGGUAGCAGGAUUUUUAGCGGAUCUUAAAUGAACUUUUGCUCUGCUGAGCAAAUAAAGUACUUUUCUUUGUAAAUGUGAUCCCUGUUUAGUUUUUUACAUGCUCAGUGACUUCUGUCCUGAUUUUGAGUUAUGAUGCUUUUGUACUUUUUUUAUUUGUUUUGAUCAGUAUAUGUAUUUAUCUCAGUAACUUUACUUGGAUACUUUAGAACCCUUGACCAUGGUGAUGUGCUUAUUCUCGAUACAAGCGUAUCGAUAACUGAGAUUAAAUUGGUUAUUUGGUAAAGAUGAAUCAUUUAAGUUCACAAGACAGCUUGUGUCUUUUUUUUUUUUUUUUUUUAAAGGAUUUUCCUUAUUCAGGUUUGAAAAGGGAAAAACUACUCCUUUAUUUUAACUCAACCUGCUGUCUCAAAUUGAGGCAGAUAUUCUUUUUAAAACUUCCAACUUCCAUUGGUCUCACCCAUUCCUCAAAUUCAGGUUGAUUUUAUGACUGACGUAUGAGCAUCUUUGAGUGCACAAGAUAGCAUUUUCUGACAGGUUGAGCCUAAGAUAAACUUGGCUUUCGAUGGAAGGUCCUUCAAUAUUAAGUGCUCACUUUAUUAUUUAGGUAACUUUUUGUUUAGCUGAGAUGUCCUGCUCAGUCACUUGGCAUAUUCGUUUGCAGAAGCUGUUCACCCAUAUCAUUGGGGAGGUUUUCUCAAUUCCCCAAAGUGCCUCCACUUUCCUAUUUUUUAUAUAAAGUAGCUAUUCAGAACUGUUAUGUAUAUAAAGUAGCAAUAAAUGUGCCAUUUUUAAUAACAA